AUGAAUAAAACAGGUAUAUCAACAUCAGCUGGCAUCAACGAUUUCCGCGGUCCUACAGGUGUUUGGACGGCUCGAGCAAGAGGUAUUGCUUCACCGCCACAGACUGUUCGCAAUCCAGAACCAACAUUGACACAUAUGGCCUUCGUUGAGCUAAUGAGAAAUAAUUAUCUCAAAUUUUUAGUUUCUCAAAAUUGUGACGGUCUUCAUCUUAAAAGUGGAAUAUCAACGAACAAAAUUGCUGAACUACACGGAAAUUCCAACUGUGAAGCUUGCGCAAAGUGUGGAAAAGUCUAUUACAGACAAGGACAUGUCCACAACUAUGAACAUAAAACUUGGCUAACGGGAAACCCGUGUACAACACCGAACUGCAAUGGACGUCUACGUUGUACAACAGUUGCCUUUACUCAGUCGAUGCCUGAUGUUUGUUUGGAUAGGGCAAUUAAGGAAUCGCAAAUGUGUGAUUUAAGUCUGUGUAUGGGAACGUCGAUGCGAGUUGCGCCUGCAUGUGAACUCCCAGCUAUGAAUUUAAAUUCUGGACAAAAAAGGAUGGUCAUUGUCAAUUUACAAAAGACUCCAUAUGACGAUUUAUGUGCACUCAGAAUAUUUGCACGAUGUGAUGAUGUGAUGAAAAUGGUAAUGAAAGAAUUAAAUUUAACAAUUCCGCCGUAUACCGAUUUGACGUUGUGGUCAAAUGCACAAUGGUUAAAGGAUUUUGAACAGAAUUGGCCUUUUCGAACUGCCGGUGAUACUGGAUGGUUUUCCGGAGAUAUUUAA